AUGUUCGAGUCGCUCAUCUGCCUGCUGCACCGCUUCCAUGGUUCCCCGGAUCCUAUCAGCGUGGGGCAGCAGGAGCGGGUGCUUCGCUGGCCUGCUUGCAACACCACUAUUGCCUUCUACUGGAGCGCCUAUCUCGCCAACCUGUCGCUGACAGUGCCAGGCGAGCACAGCAAGGGCGGCCAGCUGGACCUGAGCCACGUGGACAUGCACUGGGGCCGCCACGUGGCAGAGCAUGACGCGUUCGUGAUCAACACAGCCCACUGGUGGUAG